AUGCUCUCACGUGUUGCUGCAGUGAAGGCACCCCGCACACACAACCGUCGCCGCGUGACCGGAUCCAGCGGAAGGAGGAGGGAAGGAAGAGAGAGUGAGCGGCAGAGGCCCAACAUGUCCCGGCGUGUGUUUGCUUCCGCGGUGCUUCUUCUCGUUCUGAUUAUGUGCUGUAGGAUUGUAGCUGCAGCCGUUGAUGGAAGUAGUGGGGAAGGGAAGGCCGUUGAUCCUUUUCAGGGAACGACACCGCCGCCCUAUAAAUGGCAAGAAAUGACUGGAUCUGAGGCGGCAGCCGGCUCGCUUUGUGUACCCAGCCUUGCUGAGGUGGCCGGCGGUGUGUUUGCCGUUGCUGAAGCUCAGCGCAGUGAAAGGGACGAAGCCUGCGGCCAUGCUGCGAAUGCAACAACGCACAUGAGACGGC